CCCAAUCACGACCAUAUAUACCCAACACCUAUACAACCUCAACCUCUCACCCCACAAUCCAAAACCAAACACAUAUCCAAAAUGUCCGACAGCAAACAAUCCCUCCUCUCCCAAACGGAGCUCGAAUCCGACGACCCCCCACCAGCCUACACCACCACCACCAGCACCAACAACCAACCCAACCACCAAAAACGCGCCUCCCUACUCCCCCGCCCACCCCCACUCUCCCUCCCAAUCCUAACGCACCUGCGCUCCAAGCGCUUCAUCCUGGCCUCAUCCUCCCCUCGCCGCCGGCAAAUCCUCUCUCUCCUCUCCCUCCCCAACAUGGAAAUAAUCCCGUCCAACACACCCGAAGACCUACCCAAGACGCUCCCCCCCUUCGAAUACGUCCUCCAAACCGCCACGCAGAAGGCACAAGCCGUGUACGCGCAGGAAAUCGACUCACCGAAAGGUGACCCAUUCAUUCUUGCAGCGGACACCGUCAUCGUGGACACUUCCACGGGGAGUAUAUUAGAGAAGCCGCGGAGCGAGGCGCAUCACAUCGCGAUGUUGAAGGGGUUGAGGGAUGCGGGGGAACAUAAGGUGUAUACGGCGCUUGUGGCGAUGACGCCGUUGGCGAGUGCGAGGGUUCCCGGGUAUGCGUUGGAGAGUUGUCUGGAGGAGACGAAGGUGUGGUUUGAUCAGGGGGUUAGUGAUGAGGUUAUUUUGGCGUAUGUGAGGACAAGAGAGGGCGCGGAUAAGGCGGGUGGGUAUGGGAUUCAGGGCCUCGGGAGUAUUCUUGUGGACAGGAUUGAGGGCGGGUUUGAUAAUGUGGUGGGGUUGCCGUUGAAGAAGGCGCUUUGGUUGAUGGAGAAGGUGGUGGUUAGGGCGGAUGAUGAGGAUUUGUUGGAUGGGGAGGGGGGAAGUGAUGAGGAGGAUGGGGAGGGGGAAGAGGAGUAAUUGAGUAGUAGUAUACUACGGGGUAUUAGUAGUUAUUCU